AUGAAGGAUCUCGGUGAUGCCAAGUAUUGUUUGGGCAUCCGCAUUACGAGGGAUCAAGCAGAAGGAAAGCUCUGGCUCGAUCAACAAGCGUACAUCGAGCAAAUCAUUCAGCGUUUUGGAAUGACCGAAUCGUAUCCUGUAGCAACGCCAGCUGAUCCCAGUUUAAGACUGGACAAAUACAUGGGACCAAGAAAUCAGAACGAAGCCGAGGAGAUGAAGAAUGUUCCUUUCAAAGAAUUUGUUGAAUGUCUGUCUUUCGUAGCCCAAGUGACUCGUCCGGACAUCGCUUUUGCGGUGAAUGCAGCUAGUCAGUUCAGCGCCAAUCCAGGACGUCAGCAUUGGGAGGCCGUCAAGAAGAUAAUUCGGUACUUGAAAGGAACAUCGACGAAGAAGUUGGAGUAUUCUAAGCGAGAAUCAUCGGAACUAGUCGGAUUUAGCGAUGCCGAUUGGGGAGGAGAUCCAGAUAACCGAAGGUCAACGACGGGUUACGUGUUCACGUUACAAGGUGGAGCCAUAUCGUUUAACGUAAAAAAAGCAGCCCACCGCUGCUCUUUCAUCCUGUGA